AUGCUGCCCAGCUCCAUCCAGAUUUCGGGGGAGCCGCUGUCAGGAGCCGAGGUGCGGGACAUCUGCCGCGGCCUGCGCGACAACGCCGUGCGCCUGCUCUCACUGCGCGGCUGCCGUCUCUGCGACCGCGACUUCGGCCGAAUCUGCCGGGCCCUGGCCGGGGCCACGUCCCUGGCGCAGCUCAACCUUAACCUGGGCGUCGUGUCCAGCCCCAGCCGCAUCAAGCAGCUGGCGGAGGCGCUGCGGACCAACCGCUCCAUCCAGUCCCUCUUCCUGCAUGGCAGCCCUCUGACAGACGCGGGGCUGGCCUUGUUGAAUCCAGCCCUGGCCCUCCACCCUGCCCUCGUGGCACUGGACCUGGGGGACUGCAUGCUGGGUGAUGAAGCCAUCAACCUCAUCUGUGGCCUCCUCCCGCCUGACGGGGCCAAGUCUGGCUUGAAGGAGCUGACACUGAGUGCUAACCCCGGCAUCACCCCUAAGGGCUGGAGCCGCCUUGCCAUUGCCGUGGCCCACAGCUCCCAGGUCCGCGUGCUCAAUCUGGACUACAAUCCCUUGGGUGACCACGUGGCAGGGAUGCUGGCUGUAGCUGUGGCCUCCAGCCGCACCUUAGAGGUCCUAGACUUGGAGGGCACAGGGCUCACCAACCAGUCAGCUCAGACCCUGCUGGACAUGGUAGAAAAUUACCCUACAGCUCUGCGGAGUCUGGUGUUGGCCGAGAACAGCAUUAGCCCGGAGCUGCAGCAGCAGAUCUGUGACCUCCUCUCUGAGGGAGAGGAGGAGGAGGAGGAGGUGGCAGGAGGGCCUGGCGACACCCAGGAACGAGAGCGAGCACGGGAGCCUGCUGCCCACCAGAGGGGCAGCAGCUCCUGGACAGGCCCCAGUGAUCCCAGCUCUCAGAUGGUGCUAAUGACAUCAGGACUAGGGGACAGUCUGUUGGCUGAGACUGAGAUGUGACUCUCCGUUUCUGCGCAUCAUUACAUUUGUGUCUCCAGCACUUUGCCCCAGAUGUCAGGGUCAGACCCUGGGGCUUGUGGAUAGGGGGUGGUGCCUGGGGCUCUGGCAGCUCCUGGCGGUGUGGUGGGAGGCUCUGGAGGCUGUGACUCAACAAAAUCCUCGGGGGCACUGGAACCCAAGGCAGUGCCUCUGGACUUGUUGGCAGCUCUGGCUGC